AUGUUAGACGGGAAAUUCCUGAAUCGGAGGCGACAUCGAUGCGAAACAGGGGGAGAACUUGACGGACAGAGAUCAUCGAAGAAGUUUGAGAACAAAUCAGAGAUAGGGGAUCUUAUUGGAUCGUUUCAACAACAUUUUAAAGAAAAAACGUUCCCAUUUAGCAAAGAAGAAGGUGCUCUUUCAUCAAGACAAUGCAUAGGUUCACAUAUGUGCGCAGUACCGAUGACCAAAUUCAAUGAAUUCCGCUACGAAUUGCUUCCCCAUCCAGCAUAUUCGCCAGAUUUAAUUCCCUGCGACUAUUUUCUGUUUUCAAACCUGAAGAAAUGGUUCGGAGGAAAGAAAUUCACCACCAGAGCGCAGCUCGCCGAAACAGAGGCUUAUUUUGAAGAGUUGGACAAAUCAUAUUAUUCGGACGGCUUGAAAAAGUUGAAGAAUCGUUGGAUCAAGUGUAUCAAGUUGAAAGGAGACUAUGUUGAGAAAUAA